CAAACCUUUUCUCUUGGUGCGGCCAUCAACAUCAAAGUAGCGGGAGUAGUCGUCGAACUCAGUGGAUGCUGGUUGGAUUUGGAUUUCUUCAUUUGCUUCCAAUACAGGUUGAAUUUCAUGCAGAUCUGCUUCCACUUCUUCAAUUUCGUUAUCUGCUCUUGGGGUUGCCAUCAUCAUCAAACAAGUAGGAGUAGGAGGAAUUCUUGUUGAACUGAAUUGUUGGACAAGAAGUGCCAAAACCGAGAGAGAGAAAAAAAAAUUAGACUAUAGCAUUCGUAGUUAUAGAUAGCAGAUGUCAAUGAUGUCAAUGAUGAAAUUCGUAGUUAAAGUAGACUAAUGAAGACCCAAUUUCAUCAUUGACAUCUGCUAUUUAUAACUACGAAUGCUAUAGUCUACUUUUUUUUUCUCUCUCUCGGUUUUGGCACUUCGUGUCCAACAAUUCAGUUCAACAAGAAUUCCUCCUACUCCUACUUGUUUGAUGAUGAUGGCAACCCCAAGAGCAGAUAACGAAAUUGAAGAAGUGGAAGCAGAUCUGCAUGAAAUUCAACCUGUAUUGGAAGCAAAUGAAGAAAUCCAAAUCCAACCAGCAUCCACUGAGUUCGACGACUACUCCCGCUACUUUGAUGUUGAUGGCCGCACCAAGAGAAAAGGAACAUUUUGGACAGCCACUGCUCAUAUCAUCACUGCUGUGAUAGGCUUAGGAGGAGUCCUUACAUUGACAUGGGCAAUGGCGCAGCUUGGGUGGAUCUUUGGACCGAUUGCAAUGGUCCUGUUCGCAGCCGUCAACUUUUACACUUCCAUCCUGUUAACACACUGUUACAGGAGAGAUGAAUCAGUUACCGGACGGACAAAUAGUUACACAUACACCGAUGCUGUCAGAAGAAAUGUCCAAAUUUGUGGCCUGUUUCAAUAUCUAAAUAUCUCUGGAAUUGCAAUUGGAUUCACAAUUGCUGCCUCAACUAAUAUGAUGGCCAUAGAAAGGACACAUUGUAUGCAUGUGAAUCAAAGAAAAGAUCAAUGUGAUGUAUCUAGGAAAUCUAGGAUGUACAUGAUAUUAUUUGGAUUGGUGGAAAUGGUACUUUCUCAUAUCUCAAAUUUAAAUAAAGUAUCAUGGCUAUCCAUAAUUGCAACUAUCAUGUCCCUCAUUUACUCUGGAAUUGGACUUGGUUUAGGCAUGGCCAAAGUAGCAGAACAUGGAACUCUUAAAGGUAGCUUAACAGGAAUUAGCACUGACACAAUCACUCACACACAGAAAGUAUGGAAGAGAUUACAAGCUUUAGGGGCAAUAGCUUUUGCAUACUCUUUCUCCAUCAUACUCAUUGAAAUUCAGGACACCAUAAAAUCUCCUGCCGAGCAAAGUACAAUGAAAAGGGCAGCUGUGGUGAGCAUUGUGAGUGUUACAGCAUAUUAUCUAUUGUGUGGGAGCAUAGGUUAUGCAACCUUUGGAGACUAUGCACCUGAAAACCUACUGGCCGGGUUUGGUUCCUUUUACCAUGACCGCCUAUAUUGGCUUGUCGACAUUGCCAACUUCACGGUUGUUAUGCAUUUGAUUGGGGCAUACCAGGUGUUUUCCCAACCACUUCUUGCGUUUGUCGAGAAUUGGGCUGCACAUAGGUGGUCUGGUAGUGAAGUUUUUACGGAGUAUGGACUGUCGGUAUUUCGUCCAUUAUGGAGGACCACCUUUGUUGUAUUCACAACCUGCAUGGCCAUGGCAUUUCCUUCCUUCAGAUAUAUAAUUGGAACAUUAGGAGCUUUCGGGUUCUGGUCCUUGGCUGUUUUUUUCCCGAUUACAAUGUACCUAUCAGAGAAAAAAAUUCGGAAAUGUACUAGAAGCUGGGUAGGACAUCAGAUGCUCAAUGGAAGUGUCCUCAUGAUUUCGAUACUUGCUGCUAUUGGAACGAUUGUAGGAUCGUUUGAUUUAAAUUGAAAACUAUUUGAUUGUAAUCAAUUUUAGAUUGUAAUUUCUGGUUUCAAUUUAAUGUUGUAAUCUCCCCCUUUGGUUAUGUAGAAAACAAAAAUCUGAACCAAAUCUUGUAU